AUGGAGUCUCCAAGAAUCCAUGGAGGAGAUGCUGAGGAGAAGAGUAGUUGUGAAUCAGGAUGGACUAUCACUCAGCUUCCAAGGAACACCAAGAAUCAUGCAGCUGCAAAGAAUAGUAAUGUCAAACAAGUCAAUCAUCAGACAGAGAAUCGAGUUUGCGAAACAUUCAGCGACAAAGGAGAGGAAUCUGAACUCAAGGCUAAAACAAGAACCACUGCAGAUAGUCGUGUUCAGAGUAAAGGCAAGGUGAAAAACAGAACCAAAUAA